AUGGCACCCAAGGAGAAGAAGAAGAAGCGGACAAACAAGCCAAGCCCACAGGAACGCAUGCAAGAAGCGUUUGCGCUGAUGAACCUGGAUGAGGACACCAACAUCUCUCGGGAGGAGUUCCUCAAGGCAAUGGAAUCUGUGGGUAUCGUGGGACCGCAAGCAGAAAGCCUUUUCAAGAGGUUCGAUCCAGAUGGCAGUGGGCUGCUGGACAAGCAGGAGUUCUUUGCCUAUGCAGCGAAAGGGACGGCAGAUCUCCGCGCGCUGCUUCGACGCAGCACGGCCACCGAUGGGGAAGACCCCGCAGAGGCUAUUCUUCAGGCGUUCCAGGCAUGGGACACCGACCAGGAUGGCACCAUCUCCAAAGCAGAGCUGGAGCGAGUUCUCGUCGUCCUGAACCCUUCCUUUACCAAGAAGGACAUGAGCAAGCUGCUGAAGGGCAUGGACCAAAACGGCGAUGGAAUCGUAGACUACGAGGACGUGCGCGUGUACUGCGGGUGCUAA